UAAAUAUCCCAAACCCUUCUUUUCUCAAUCAUCAAAUUAGAAUAGUUUCCCGAUUAAUUUUGUUCGUCAAAACAGUCAAAUCGUCGUCGUUUUCAUUCAAGGUUUCGAGAUUCUCGUCAUCCAUGGAUCCAUUCUUAAGAAGGCAUUGGCACAAUUUCGCCCCGCAACAUCAGUACCCGCAGACCAAUUUCGCGUCACAACAUCAGAACGCGAGGCAAGUCCCGGUCCAGCGCCGAGCGGAACCGUCGCCGAAGGUAGUCUCAAUCCCGGUCCACUACGUCGGGUCGGAGCGCAGCCGGUCGGAUUCCGCGCUGAAAAUCCAGAAGGCGUUCAGAGGAUUUCUGGUGAGGAAAAGCGUGAGGAAGAUCGCCGCCAUCAGAGUCGAGGUCGUUGAGAUCGAGAAGCGGAUUUCGAAGCGAGAGGCGGUGGAAUUGAUAAGGAGGGACGCCAAGGAGCGGCUGAGGGUGAACGAGACGCUGAUGAACUUGCUGUUGAAGUUGGAUUCGGUGAAGGGCGUCGAUUCUGGAGUUAGGGAUCUCAGGAGGGCCGUGAUAAAAAAGGCGAUUGCUUUGCAGGAGAGAGUGGACAGCGCUGUUGCUGAAAGUCCCCAAAUCGACCAAAACCUAGAAUUGCAAUCCGAAUCCCCUGUAAAUUCGGAUGAGACUCCGAAUUUGCAGUCUUCAGAAUUGGAAUCGGCAGCCGAAGCCCACAUCGAAACUGUUCCACACGGAAAUGCGAGGGUGUGCAGAGAGGAAGAAGGCGCUGUGCGGAAGAAGGCAUGCUGCUGCGACUACAGAUGUCGUGUCCAAGUACCAAGUUAAGAAUGCAAGGAUUCCUAUUUACAUUUUGGCUUUUGUUGUAAAGCAUUCGGAAACUGAAUUAUUUGAUUGAUGAAAUUUGAUGCUUUUGGUGUUUUAGCGACA